AGAGCAUCACUAUCGUCAGUUUUUUUUCAUUUGAGAAAAAGUAGACUUGAUAUUUUGCUGCUGAGUUGUUAUAAAAAUUCAUCAAUAAAAAGGGAUACGUGCUCGUGUUGUGUUGAUGAAAUAAAACUGUGUGUUAUAAAGAACAGUGGCUAGAUAAUGGAAGAUAAAUUGAUGUUAGAAGAUGUGACUAGCUCCUUGCGAGAACGGGUGUUUUUUUCUGCCAGGGAUGGAAUGUCUUUAACCCUUUACGCUUUAUUAUACGAGAAAAACACAGAUGAAAUUGACGACCUAUUAAAUAGUGAUGUAUGUUGCGAUGGAGUCAAAUGCACGCCACUGAUAGCAGCAGCCCGACACGGCCGGGAGGCAGCCGUCAGAAUCCUCCUCGAAAAAUUCAGACCACCCGUCAGACUUGAGACAGAAGGCACAGUGAAAUUCGAUGAAUAUGUUAUAGAAGGAGCGACAGCCCUAUGGUGUGCCGCGGGGGCAGGUCACCUAGGCAUUGUGAAACGCCUGGUGCGAGCUGGAGCUAACGUGAACCACGCCACUAAGACUUUGAGCACGCCCCUCAGAGCAGCUUGUUUUGAUGGCAGACUAGACAUUGUCAAGUAUUUAGUCAGGCACGGAGCAGAUAUACAUAAAGCGAACAAGUAUAACAAUACUUGUUUGAUGAUUGCAGCUUAUAAGGGACAUUUGGAUGUGGUGCAAUUUCUAUUAGACAGCGGCGCUCGCGUCGAUGAACGCGCACUGUGCGGCGCGACGGCGUUGCAUUUCGCGGCCGAGUGCGGUCAUGCGGCAGUCGUUUGUGCACUCAUUGACCACCAGGCUAAGAUACUUACUAAUGAAAAUGGUAUGACGCCACUGCAGUGCGCGGCGGAGCGGGCGCGGGCGUCGGUUGUGGAGAUGUUGGCGGCGCGGCCCGAGGUGACGCGCGCGCAGGCCAUCGAGGCGUUUGAACUGCUCGGCGCCUCCUUCGCGAAUGACAAGGAGUACUAUUGUCUUAGGAUGGCAUACCAGUACUUACACAGAGCAAUGGCGAUGCGCUAUGACACUAGAUACGGCUUGCUGCUGAAGAAACCAGCCGACCCUAUACCUGCUUACGAUAAUUGGAAAGAGAGCACCACUAUAGAGGAAGUAGAACAACUAGUAGGCAACGCUCACGCGCUUCACAUGGAAGGCUUGGCGGUCCGGGAGCGGGUAUUAGGUGCCCGAUGCCCCGACCUGCCGCACCCGAUAGUGUUCCGCGGCGCCGUGUUCGCGGACGAGGCUCGCUUCGACCGCUGCCUCGCGCUGUGGCGACACGCGCUGGCGCUCAGGCAACACAACGAGGUCUCAGUGGUAAAGGACUUACUCAGAUUUGCUCAAGUGUUCUCACAAAUGAUACACAUAGGAAUCGAACUACCUCUUGCUCAGGUAUGCUUCGUGUUAGAGGCAUGCGCGGAAGAGCUAAGGCGAGGCACGAAAAGACUGGAGAAGCCGCAAGCCAACCACGACCCGGAAUCCUUAGUAAGUUUGGUGCGCACUUUCAUGUUGCAGGAUGAGUACGAGAGCAAUGUACGGACGGCCUUGUACCUCGUCGCUGUGGCUGCCCGACUGCUGGAGAAUGCGGGGAAUAGCGAGGAGACGACAAGUCUAGUCCGUCGCGCGAUAUUCCGGCUGCGCAACGUGCGUCUGCGCAGCGGACAGACGCUGCUGCACCUCGCCGCCGACCGACGGACGCCCGUCGAUGACUUCCAUACUAGCGACGUGUGCCAGUUCCCGUGCAGCCGCACGACGCGGCUGCUGCUGGAGUGCGGCGCGGCGGUGGACGCGGCCGACGACUCGCGCCGCACCGCGCUGCACGUCGCGCUCAUCUCCUACCAGCUUAUACCCGACGAGCGGUCGCAGUGGAGCGAGUCUCUGCGCGCGGUGGUGCUGGAGCUGCUGGUGAGCGGCGCGCACGUGGACGCCAUGGACGCCGACGGCAUCACGCCGCUCGUCGCCUCCAUCGGCGGUCCAGCAGAGGCCGUGGUCCGCGGAGCCCUGCGGCCGCGUCUGUCGUGCCUGGCGGCCGGAGCCCUGGCCUGCGCGGGCGCCACGUACCGGCCCGAGCACGUGCCGCGGGACCUGCAUGCCUUCCUCACCAUGCACGGAGUCAGGCCUGCACAUUAACCACUAGGAAAUUGGUCACUGAGAGCUUGCUUCUAAUUCUCCGGUAUGUUUAUGGAUUUACACAGUCAAGUCACAUAAUAAGUUUGAAUUUGAAGCAAUAGUAUUUAUCGAGACUCGAUAUCGACUACGGUAUUUUUUUGUAUUGGUCUUCAACUGUUGCGCAAUUAUUGGUAGACUUUAUGUGUGAAGUUAUGUAUAUAUAACUGACCUUGCUUAGAAUCUCGCUAUUUGUUUUUAGAGUAAAACAGUUAAGUCCAAUCAUAUCUUGCGAUACGAUUGAUAAAAAAAUAAAGGAAAUAAAAUAUCAAAUGGAAUUGAUCAAGCUCUCAAAAGUGAGAUAUAUCUCAAGUAGCAUAAGUCUUAGGGCGUCCGUAUACAUCGAAUAUGAUAUUUGCUUUAAUACUACAAUUCGAACCUUAUACUCACGCAAAUUGUUAUUUAGUCACUCGAGUCCUAGAGCUUAUACUACGUGAAACGGCCACAAGACUUCACCGCUUUAUAUACGUUGAUGACGUCAUACCUACCUAUAAAAAACAACAAAAAAACAUCAAUAAAUACUCAUCUUGAUAUUCACGCUGAAAUCAUCAAUUUUGUGUCUACGAUCGAUGCUCUAAUUAUAUCGAAUUUAAUAGCUUUUGGAAUACAAAGCUUAGCUACAUUUCUUUUGUUCGGACUCCAUUGCCUUUAUAGGCAAAGUUGAUAUUUCAUAGCUGUUCUGAGGAAAAAUUACUUUAUCAUAGUUUUCGUGAACGUCUCUUCUCAAUAAACAACUUUAAAAGUGUAUAUCGCUACAUGCCAAAUUUUUAUAUUAGAAUUAUUUCCGUUUGUAAAUACUAUCUUCGAAAAGUCUACCUACUAAAAUCUUAGCCAGAACAAUCAAGCAACGAUUUAUCGAUAUGAUUUUUUUAGUUGAUCAAAAGCCUGUGUUUUGUAACUAAAAAAAGUACAUGUUUUUAUUUUAGUAUUUUAUUGUUGCUGUUCUAAAAUAUCUCAGAAUAUAAGCUUCCAAUAGCCUGAGCAAUUACUCAAAAUGUAUAUUAAAAGUAUGUAGUUCAAAAGAACACAGGGCUUAAAUGUGUUCAGACGAUAUUGUCCAAAGCGUGGCUCAAACUAGUAUAGUGAUGUGACGAUUAAUUGAAGAAAUAUCGACUAAAACAAUCGAUUAAUGUUCUGUCGUAAUCGAAUCGUAGGGGACGACGUAUUGUGAUAAUAAAAUAGAUUAUUAGCUUUAAGAUUAGUACGAACAUCGCUAGUGCUGCCUUGUUGAGGCACAGUAUAUUGGCAUGUUGUAACCUUGUCUUUAAUGUUAGAGAGAGACAUAUAGUAACGACGCGUUUAUUUACAGACUUUGUAUAUAGUUAUUUGUUAACGAACGCACAAAAUCGACAUUAAUUGACGAGAGAAGUCUUCUUUUUGAAUUGUUUUGACGGAAUGUUGGCCGAGUUACUGUAGAGGUUCAACAUUCGUUACAAUUGGCGGUUAUUAAAGUUCCUUUUUAUUUCGUCCUUUAUGUUACUAGGUUUCUUUGUAAAUACAAUAGUAAAUUAUAUGCGGAUAUCAAUUUUGUGUUCACAAAUAAUAUCAGAAAGAUAUUUUGACUUUUUAUUAUGAAAUAAAUUGCAACUGCAAAAUGACACCUAUGAAAAUGAAAUAUUUGCUUUGAAACGAACAGAGACAUUAUUUAUUGAACCAGACAAUGUUAAAAAUAUCCAGUCAAUGUGAACGGAGUUUUAACGCCUUUGUGUCGCACAAAAUAUCACGUAGGACAUGGCCUAUAGGACAUAUUGUUAGAUAAAAGUUAUUAAAUGUACAGCAAGUAGUGUGACAUACGUCGUGUUUAGUGGUUGAUUUAAAUUCUAGUCAAAAAUAUACUUGUUGGAAUUUAUAUGACGUUCUAUGGAAUGGUAAUUGACGAAAAAUUACAAAAAAAAAUGUCCCAUAAACGUAACUGAUUGUAUAUUAAAAAAUGGAGGUUGCAUUUUUAAGCGGCUGCUCUCAAAUAGUUUUCGGUCUUUCUUGCAAUGAGACGAUUGAAAAUGUACUAAUUCGUGUUCACGUGUCAUUUAUCGAACUUGCUCGAUAGACCUCCUUUAAAAUAAUAAUUAGUAGAAAACUAGUUUCGAUUCAUUUAGUAGUUACAUUGUAUUGCGAUCACUACCUCUAAAGGAAUUGUUUCUCAAUUAAAUCAUUUCAAAUUAAUUUAACAUACUAAGUUUAGGCUGUCAAUUCGUUUAUCACAAACUAAUUAUUUCAAUUAUUGAAAUCCGUGAAAAUAAUGCGUGAUUAUAUCAAUAGAUAUUAUUUUUACUUGAUAUUUAUAGAAUUAAUGUAUAUUUGACAAAUAAAACUUAAUUUGAUCAAUAUUUUCUUAACCUUUUAUAUUUAUGGGGUUACAAAGUAAUAAAGAAAUUAAUAUUACUCCUAAGCACCUCUAAAUAUAUUAUUUAUUUUUUGUAAACAGCCGAGAUAUAUUUAUUGUAUAGCAAUGUAUAUAUACUGUGUAUAUUAUUUUUCUAUAAAGUUCAGCUAUUUUUCAUAAGAAAUGCCAUGAUAUUGUACUUAUUCUCCGUACCUGGUUUGUGUACAAUCUUAAGCAAUAGUUUAAAAGGAUAUUAUAUGGAAUACAAAGGAGAGCAAAAAAAAAAUAUACCCAUUCCGCACAAUUCACAAAGCAAUAUUUUCAAUCACAUUAUUGUGUAGGAAGUUUAUAUUUUGCUCCCUGCUGUAAACGAAAACUGACUAUUAUGUAAUAUUGUACAGCUUAUUUUAAGGUAGCUAAGCCAUUAUUUUAUGCUAAUUAUGAUUUAAUCCAAAUGAAUAAAAUAUCACAGCGUGCCAAAUGAUAUUCAAUUUUAUCUUCUUAUAUACCAAACAUUAAUGUUAUUGCCAUAGAAUUAAUAUGAAUUCGUCGAUAUGUUAAUCAUAUAUUUGGUUCCAAUUCGGAAACAAAUUAACUGCAAUACAUGCAUAUCUUUCAUUUUGUGUUCAAUAUUAUUUUAUUUAGAUGAAUUUAUUGCAAGGUAAGAGCUAGAUUUUCGCAUUUACAGUAGGAAAUCAUAGGGUAUUUGCAUGUUAGACCAAAAUUCAAUAUUGAUACCUGUACAAUGCCAUCAAAAUACGAAUAGAAAUGACCCUUGUGACAAUGUCACGCCAAAAUCUAAGUAUUGUAAGUUUUGGAAAAUAAUAAAAAUAUGUAGACUAAAAUUAUCACAAAAAUGUCUGAUAGUCGAAAAAUAUAACAAUAAGUGCUACCGCUAAGGCAGCUUAUAAAGCGAUCACGCUUUAUUUUCCAAUAUACGCUUUACCCUUACAAUAUACAAUACAUACAUGUAGAAACAAUGGCUCUUACGAUAAUUGUAGAAAAUACUCGACAGCUAUGUACCUUUAUGAGAAAUAUUGUUGAACGUGACCAUAUCUACAAACUUUGAAUAUUGAGAAAGUAAUAAAAUGUACGAUGCCUGAAAUGUAAAGUUGAUACCAAUUUAAUAUCAUAGAGGCACGAGCAUAGAGUUUUCGACUGCUUUGCAAAAUAAUGCUUGAUAUCAUGUACAAGUUGGAGAUAGAUUUGUUGAACAUUAAUUUGCGCGUAAAACCUUCUUUCGGACAUCGUACAUUUGAAACUGGUUGGAACUUAGUUAUUUUUAUGGAAUUGUAAAGGCAGAAUGAAACGAGGCCUUGCCUACAAGCUAUAGAAAAAAAUAGGCUAUUAUUUCUAAUGCAAAUUAUUUUGAUAAAUAUAAUUAAUUAAAUAAUUUAAGCGAGUCAGUUCGCGUGCUAAAACUAGUCACAGAAGCAUUGUGAUUGAUGAGGGUAUUUCAUCUAAAAGCCCGUUAUGUAUAUUAUUGUAAAUAAGAUUAUUUAUCUGAGUUUAAUGAUAGUGAUAUUUUUUGUCAAGACAAUUCGACAAAUAAAAUGUUAUAUUGAU